AACCACGUUCACUUUUGGUGUUAAAAUUAAGUGGACUAAACUUAACUUCAAACAUCUACUCUCUAGAGUAAGUGUGUGAGUGACUGCGAUGGGAGGAGACGGGGGUGAUGAGCCAAUAAUUCACUUUGUACUCGUUCAUGGAGCCUGCCACGGUGCUUGGUGUUGGUAUAGACUCACCACUCUUCUUCUGUCCGCCGGAUUCAAAGCCACCACCGUCGACCUCACCAGUGCCGGCAUCAACCUCACCGACGCUAACACCGUAUUCGAGUUCGACCAUUAUAACCGUCCUCUCUUCUCUCUCCUCUCCGAUAUCCCUCAUCACCACAAGAUCAUACUCGUGGGACAUAGCAUCGGCGGAGCAAGUGUCACCGCAGCUCUCUGCAAGUUCUCAGACAAAAUCUCCAUGGCCGUUUACCUCGUUGCUGACAUGGUUCAACCCGGAACCACAUCUCCUCCUCAUUCAAUAAUGUCUGUGGGAGAAGAGGAAGACAUAUGGGAGUUUACAUAUGGUGAAGGCGAUGAUAGCCAAAGUCCUCUUGAGGAUGUAAUUUUGGCGUCUAAGCUGUUGCGACCGUCUCCGGUAAGGGCUUUGCGAGGUAUUGAUAAGCUGCCUCCAAACCCUGAAGCAGACAAAGUUCCUCGAGUUUACAUCAAGACUGCUAAGGAUAACCUAUGUGACCCUAUACUCCAAGACCGUAUGGUGGAGAAGUGGCCACCGUCUCAGUUGUAUACACUGGAGGAGAGUGACCAUUCUGCUUUCUUCUCUGUCCCAACUACCUUGUUCACUUGUCUCAUCCGUGCUGUAUUUUCUCCUGAGCUAUAAUUUCAAACUUCAUUUUUUUGUUUGACCAUGCCUCAUUCUCUGUACACUCUGUUGAUUCAGUGGUAGGAAUGGCUUGGGGAAUAACUAUUGGGAGGUGAUUUGUUGUGAGAUUAUUAUUUUAUCAAGUAGUUUCUCGUUUA